AUGCUGGCCACGCCACCCGAGAAGUUCAAAGAACACUGGAUACCCGGUUCUCUCCCGUUAGCCCAUGAGAGUGAGCAGGAUGUUGCGGAGUCAAUACAGUCCCACCAUUCCACAGUACAGAAGCUUGCCCAGGAAUACUCUAUGAACAAAUCCAAUCCUGAUAACCAACCUAUAUUCGGCGGCACUGACAGAGACUCGCCCUUGAAUCCACACGGCAAAAAGUUCAACGCUCGUGCAUGGGCUACAAAUGUCUCAAGGGUCGCGAGGGAAAGUGGCCAAAGCUCUCGUCAGGUUGGUCUAUGUUUCCAGAACCUCAAUGUAUUUGGCUACGGCACACCGGCCGACUACCAAAAGGAUGUAGCCAAUAUAUGGUUAGCAAUUCCAAGUAUAAUUCGACGCUUCCUGUUUAGCACCUCGGGUCAGACGCAAAUCGAAAUUCUGCGUCAGUUCAACGGUAUCAUCCACCCCGGUGAGAUGUGUGCUGUCCUCGGUCCCCCGGGCUCUGGCUGCUCAACUUUCCUUAAGACAAUCUCAGGAGAAACGAACGGCAUCUACAUCAAAGAUGGCUCGUAUCUCAAUUAUCGCGGCCUUUCAGCUAAAGAGAUGCAUACAGCACAUCGAGGUGAUGCUAUAUACACUGCCGAGACCGACGUCCAUUUUCCGGUGUUGACGGUUGGUGAGACAUUGACCUUUGCAUCCCGUGCACGCUGCCCACAGCAACUGCCUCAGGGCAUUCCUCGGGACGAAUACUGCGAGCAUCUUCGCGAUGUCGUCAUGGCUAUGUACGGUAUUAGUCACACCGUCAAUACCAAAGUAGGGGACCAGUUCAUCCAGGGGGUCUCAGGCGGGGAACGCAAGCGCGUCACCAUUGCAGAGGCAACACUAGCCAAUGCUCCAUUUCAGUGUUGGGACAACUCGACCCGCGGACUAGACUCUGCAAACGCUGUCGAAUUCUGCAAAACUCUGAGGCUACAAUCUGAGCUUUUUGGCCAGGCUUGUGCUGUUUCAAUGUAUCAGGCCCCACAAAGCGCCUAUGAUUUAUUCGACAAAGUUCUACUCAUCUAUAACGGGCACCAGAUAUACUUUGGGCCUGUGUCCAAAGCUAAACAAUAUUUUACCAACCUUGGAUUUGAGUGCCCGGAACGCCAAACAACCCCUGACUUCCUCACCUCCAUGACGCUCCCUACGGAGCGCAUCGUGCGUGCUGGUUGCAACCCCCCGCGGACUGUCGAGGAAUUUGUCAAAGCCUGGCUGAAUAGCACUGAGCAUUUCACGCUACAGGCGGAAAUUGAAGAAUACAAAACGCAACAUCCGAUUGAUGGCCCUGAUGCCGAAGUCUUCCGACGACUCAAAAAGUCACAGCAAGCCCAUGGCCAGCGUCUCGGCUCACCUUACAUUCUGACCUACACCCAGCAGGUUCGCCUUUGUAUGUGGCGCGGGUGGGCACGAUUUAAGGCGGAUCCGUGGCCGGCUAUCUGGGUAAUGGUUGGAAAUAUGAUGAUGGCCCUCAUCAUGUCUUCCUUAUUCUACAACUUACCCUUAAACACGAGUUCCUUCUACGGUCGCUCUGUCGUCCUUUUUAUGGCCAUUUUGUUCAAUUCCUUCUCCUCCAUCCUCGAAGUUAUGACGCUUUAUGCUCAACGACCAAUUGUGGAAAAGCAUACCCGAUAUGCCUUUUACCACCCGUCUGCCGAGUCAUAUUCUUCCGUCCUAGUUGACUUACCUAUCAAGAUUACGAGCACGAUAUCUUUUAACUUGGUGUUUUAUUUCAUGACCAAUCUCCACCGCACUGUUGAGAACUUCUUCUUUUACCUAUUGGUCGUAUUCCUUAUUGUUUUGGGCAUGUCUGGCAUAUUCAGGUUUAUCGGCUCACUGUCACGGACAGAACAACAGGCCAUGGUGCCGGCAUCAAUAAUGAUGCUUGCUCUGCUUAUCUUUACUGGAUUUGUUGUCCCGAUUGACUACAUGCUACCCUGGUGUCGAUGGAUUCAUUAUCUGAACCCGGUGGCUUAUGGAUAUGAGGCACUUAUGAUCAAUGAGUUCCACGGCCGCAACUUUCCGUGCACCUCUUAUAUACCUGACUAUACAAAUACCUCAUUGAAUAAUGUAGCUUGCAACGCUGUUGGAGCUAUCACGGGUAGUACUUAUGUGAAUGGAGACCACUACAUCAACACGGCAUAUCGCUACUACCGCAGUCAUAAAUGGCGUAAUGUCAGCAUUAUUCUCGCCAUGGCUGUUUUCAACCAUCUCAUAUAUUUCAUUACUAGUGAGUAUAUUCGUGCCAAAAAGUCCAAAGGUGAGAUCCUUGUUUUUCGCCGAGGCUUUGUACCCCGAUCUUCAGUCAAAGGCAGCCAUGAUACCGAAAAUUCGAUAUCCGUUCCAGUGCCAGUGGUAGCGUUACUAGAAGACCAUUCAUCCGAAGAAAAAAAUGGCUUUCAAGGUUCUACUAGUGUGUUCCAUUGGAGCAAUGUAUGCCACGAGAUCAAAAUCAAGAAAGAAACCCGGCGCAUCCUAGACAACAUUGAUGGCUGGGUUAAGCCUGGCACUCUCACAGCCUUAAUGGGUGUUUCCGGUGCCGGUAAGACCAGUCUUCUGGAUUGUUUAGCUGAACGGCGCGCAGGUGUUGGCGCCAUCACUGGCGAAAUUCUGGUCAAUGGGAAAAUGCGAGACAGUGGUUUCCAGCGGAAAACGGGCUACGCUCAACAACAGGACCUCCAUUUAGAGACGAGUACCGUUCGAGAGGCGCUGACAUUCUCCGCACUUCUUCGACAGCCGGAAGGUACACCAAAGGCUGAGAAGCUCGCCUACGUUGAGGAAGUCAUCAAAAUGCUAGACAUGCAAGGGUAUGCCGAUGCAGUUAUCGGUGUUCUAGGCGAGGGCCUAAAUAUUGAACAACGUAAACGCUUGACUAUUGGCGUCGAAUUAGUCGCAAAGCCGCCUCUGCUGCUUUUUGUUGAUGAGCCUACCUCAGGACUUGACUCUCAAACCAGCUGGGCUAUUUUGGCCUUACUGGAAAAGCUAUCCAAGGCUGGCCAGUCGAUCCUUUGUACGAUUCAUCAACCAUCCGCAAUGCUCUUUCAGAGGUUCGACCGUCUACUCUUACUCGCAGAGGGGGGCAAACAAGUUUACUUUGGUGACAUCGGCGAGAAUUCUCAAACUCUUAUCGAUUAUUUUGAGGGUAAUGGUGCUGCCGCUUGCCCACUUAGUGCCAACCCAGCUGAAUGGAUGCUUGAGGCCAUUGGUGCUGCUCCUGGGAGUUCCUCCGAUAUUGACUGGCAUCAAACAUGGCGUUCCAGCCCCGAAUACCAGGCUGUUCAGGAAGAAUUGACACGCCUUAAGGUGAAUGGAUUAGAUCAACCACCGGGUGAUGUGACUGGCUCAGCCUCCCACAAUGAGUUUGCUGCACCGCUAUGGCAGCAAUUUCUUGUUGUUACAGAACGCGUGUUCCAGCACACUUGGCGAUCGCCCUCCUACAUCUACUCCAAGCUUCUGCUCUGCAUCACUACUAGUCUAUUCAUCGGUCUAGUCUUUCUUAAUGCACCCCUUACCAUACAAGGACUUCAAAAUCAAAUGUUUGCAAUUUUCGAGAUGAUGAGCCUUGUUGGACAGCUGGUCGAUCAACAAAUGCCAAGUUUUGUUGCACAGCGCUCUUUAUAUGAGGUGCGCGAACGCCCUGCAAAAACUUACUCCUGGGUAGUCUUUAUGGCCAGUCAGAUUAUCUCUGAGAUACCUUGGAAUACCCUUGCCUCAGUCUUCAUGUGGGCGUUUUUCUAUUUCCCUGUUGGCCUUUAUAAGAAUGCUGCGGCUGCCGGCCAGGGCAACGAACGGGGGUGGUUAAUGUGGCUACUGUUCUGGCAGUUUCUGCUUUGGGUUUCCACCUUUGCCCAUAUGUGUAUCUCCUUCGCCGGCUCUGCUGAAGAUGGCGGCAACAUUGCCAAUUUUCUUUUUGUUCUUGUGUUCUUUUUCUGCGGCGUGCUGGCUUCGCCCGCGCAAAUGCCUCGAUUCUGGAUAUUCCUAUAUCGAGCCUCGCCAUUGUCAUAUUGGGUCUCGUCAGUUCUGUCUACAGGCCUAGCUAACGUUGAGGUUUCGUGUGCGACUAAUGAGUUCAUUCUCAUUAAUCCACGCGAUGGUCAGUCAUGCGGCGAGUAUAUGGCUGACUAUAUAUCAAGGUUAGGCGGAUACUUAUUGGACCCCGACACGGUGGACACCUGCCAAUACUGCAAGAUCAAGGAUACAAACAUAUUCCUCGAACAUGUGAGCUCAUCCUACGAUACGAGAUGGCGAAAUUUUGGUAUUAUAUGGGUGUACAUAGUUUUUAACAUUGUGGCAGCCAUAAGUCUUUACUGGCUUGCAAGGAUGCCCAAGGGAAGAAAGGCGCUGUGA